CUUUUCCCAAUGCCUCACCUCAUUUGCAGCAGACACUUCUUCUCCUGCGCAAAGCUGGCCAGCGUUCUCUCAAACCGUUUUAGUCUUUUCUCACAGACAUGGUAUCAUCAAGGCAAAAGUCCUGCUCGGCCUGUGUCCGGGGUAAAAGGCGGUGCGACCUCGGGUUCCCGCAGUGCGGACGCUGUCUUGCAAAACGAGCCACUUGUGUUUAUGCUUGGAUGUCGCCUAAAGACGCGCAAGAGAUUGCGAAAAGCUCUGAUGUGAUUGUUUGGAAUAGCCGAGCCGACACUACCGAAGCCUCACAGUCCAAUCACGGGUCGUUCAGACCAGAAGUUGGCCAUGAGAAUAAUGAUAUUUCAUUGUUCCCAACUCCCAUAACCCUCCCCCCGCCUCUGGUGCCACUUAUAGAUGAGAUAACUGGCCGGGGAAGAACCAUAUCAUUAUUUACCCCAGACCCCUAUCCUCAAUCCUCGAAUCAGCCAUAUCCAGAUACACACAUCAAUUCACACACGCUCCACCCUGCAACUGACAUUGGUACUUCAUUAGUACCAUUACGAGGGCCCAGGGGUAGCUCUGUAUACACAGGCAAAACUUUCAGGGAGCGUGCAGAGUAUGCUGCAAGUCGGCUGGUCCAUCAGGUCAGCAGUUUUGCAGAAACGGGACAAACAUGCUUCAUCCACUACUCUCAAAUCAGCAGCUCUUCAUUGCGAGACGCUUUCGCUGCUUGCUCCCUACACACAACACGCAACUCAGCCAAUGCAUCUCUUGUCGUAUCGGAGAUUGCACGACGAGCAGAACUACUCAUAAAGGCUACAAAUACAGCCAUCUCUUUGAGUCCUCCGAAUUCUCACUCGACCAUGAAUCUUGACCUCCUGCCCUCCACACAGGCCAUGCUGAUAUACCAAACCAUGCGGCUAUUCUCAACAGACGACAGCCCACAGCGUACACAGGCUGAGCAAGACGCCAAGUCACUCGCCAAAUGGGUAGAUAUAUUGCAAGCACAGACGUCAGAGGAUUCUUGCAGCAAUUCAAAGCUUGGUCUUUCUUGGGAAGAUUGGAUCCGAGUAGAAAGCAUCCAACGUACCAUGAUAUUUGCAGAGCUUCUGGAGAGCACUUACACCUUCCUCAAAUUUGGCUGGUACCAACCCAGUUUGAUGAUGGCCAACCUAGGCUUUACAGGACAAGGAGCCAUUUGGAAAGCAAGGUCACUGGUAGAGUGGCAACAAACCAGGGAACAAAAGGCUUGGCUCAGAUUGGACAUGUCGACGUUUCAUGACUGCAUCAAAGGGGCUUCUUUGGAACACCUUGAUGAGUUGGGAAUUAUCCUUUUGGUCAGUUAUGAGGGCGUUGAAGUUUUGAAGAACUGGGCUGGCGGUGACAAAAGACUGCUUGAGAAGUGGGGAUUAAGCUCCAGUGAUGACUUCUUCUCUUGGCUGUAUUAAUUCACCAUAUUACAUGUUUGUCAAAGACUGUGUUUAACAACCUCUGGUGUUAUUACCUUGAAUUUGUUUACGGAAGCAUAUUGAAUCUCCACAGUCCAUUUAGGUAUUGCCAGGCGUCAACUGAAAUAUCAGCUGCGUUACUCUUAUGUAAUGGUUUAAAAGCCGGUAUACGUGAAAGACACUCGUAAUUGCAUAGUUAUCAAUUGCAUAUAGGAUUUAGUGCGAAUUUUUCUAUAGCCUUCCCUCAUCAACCUCUGCAAAGCCCUGCAGAGCUCAACAGCACAUUCUAAAUCAGUUCAAAC